GCCCGCCCUGGGAUAUCAUCAUCUUCACCAUCAUCAUCAUCACGUGCCGCCGCCGUCAGGCGAGGACACGCAGUGCGGCACCGAGGAUUCUGCCGUCGCCCAGGGAGGCGACCAGCUCCAGAGGAUGACUAUGGACGGCGUAGAGGUGGUGGGCUCGCAGCCGCACGCGGCCACCAGCCCGUUUCUGCUCUCCUCGCCACCACUGGGUCAUCAUCAUCAUCAUCAUCACGCGACGUUCAACCUGCCGGUGCAGCUUAGCUUCGACGCGUGUUUACCGUACAACGCGGCCUCCUCGUCCAGCUCGGUCACUUGCGGCGUCGGCGGGACAUCCGUGAACGCGACCUGCACGAAUUCGUCCUCUACCAGCUGCGGCAAGACAAACACGCCGCAGCUCUCCCUAUCCUCAAACGUGCCGUUACAUAUGCAACUUCAAAUCAGCUCAACAACCCCCACGGAACACAAUCACGAACGGCAUCAUCAGCAUCAUCAUCGAUUGGACGAUCAUCAUCAGCAUCAGCUGCACCCCAAUGCCUCGUCGCCAAUUGCCACCGAUAUCGCGGACGGCAAGCGGCACCGGCAACCCGACGACGAUGACAAGAGUUGCAUCAGGAAUUGCAGGAGCGAUAUUCACGAUACGAACGAUAAGGAUAAGCCCGGCGACUUGAACACGCCGGUUACCACCAGCAGCGACCUACCGUCUUUCUUCGGGCCCUCCGCGCUUGUCGAACCGCCACCAAUCUCAGGCAGCCUGGCGAGCGAGGAUCUCUCUCUAGAAGAGGCGACCGCGGAGGAAGACGAGAACGGCCCGUCCGCCGGUAGGGAUCAUCGGCAUCAUCACCAUCAGGACGCGCGAAAUGCCGUCACGUCGAACGCGCCUUCCUCGAGCAGUCCGCCGUCGCGCCACCACCAAACCCAGGACGAGGCGGAUCGCUGUAACGCGCUGCAGAGUGGGGUAAUUUUAUACUCACCGCAUUCCACGUCUACCGCGCCCGCGACGAGCGUGAAUAUCUGCAAUGUACCGACGUUGACCUAUCGCGGCGUCUUCACCACGACCUGUACACAGUCCUCGCCCCUGAGCAAUCUCCAAGGCGACCAGCAGCAGCAGCAACCGCAACAGCCGACGGGUCAGGAGCUGUGGGCGCCGUUACCGUCACCAACCUUAACCUUGGCGGGCCAGCCGUUCCUUCACCCCAACCUACACUCGACCGCGUACAGCGGCGAGACCGUCGAAUUGCUGCAGGUCGAUUCGAAGCCACCCCCACCGCCUGGUUAUCACGACACGGCGACCACCACCUCCACGACCUGGCUGACGGGUCACGAGGAUGCUUACGAUCCUGGUCUUCUCUCCCACCAUCAUUCUCACACCCAUCAUCAGGAGACAACGUUGAAGCAGGAGCCAACCGGCACCGGUUACACUCCAAAUGUACAACAGCCGCAACAAGCUCAAGCGCAAGCUCAACAACAACAACAACAACAACAACAGCAACAACAAGCUCCACCAUCUGGCACCUGCGGUAACGCGGGGGUCCAGCUGGCUGAAUACAAUCCGAGCACGUCGAAGGGCCACGAGAUUCUUUCUCAGGUCUAUCAGCAAAGCGCGAUACCGCUCCGACUGGUUCCCGUGAAACCGCGGAAGUAUCCGAAUCGACCGAGCAAAACGCCGGUCCACGAGCGGCCCUACGCCUGUCCGGUGGACGGCUGCGACCGUAGGUUCUCUCGCAGCGACGAGCUUACCCGACACAUACGUAUCCACACCGGGCAGAAACCGUUUCAGUGUCGCAUCUGCAUGCGCUCGUUUUCGAGGAGCGAUCACCUAACCACCCAUGUGCGCACGCACACGGGUGAAAAACCGUUUUGCUGUGAUCAGUGCGGCCGAAAGUUCGCCAGGAGCGACGAGAAGAAGCGUCACGCGAAGGUACAUCUGAAGCAGAGGCUGAAGCGCGAGGCGUCUCACGCUAAUCCAAGAACCCAUCACCAGAGCCACGCGUCGUCACCCUGCAAUCAAUGAAUUCCAUGACAACGAUGUUGACAAAAAUCCCCUUUUAACGUCUGAGAUCUCAUUACGUUUGUCACGUUCUGAAAAGUUGUGAUCUAUGUCUCCCCGAUUCUUACUUUCCUCUUCUCUCUCUCUCUCUCUCUCUCUCUCUCUCUCUCUCUCUCUCUCUGUCUUUGUCUCUGUCUCUCUUCUCUUUCUCGAUCAUCGAUCAUCUUUUCUUUCCUGCAUCUCUCACGAUGACCGAUGAAGAAAUUACGGAAAUCUUUAGGCGGUCAAAACUGAUCCGUCGCCGACUGAUCCGUUAUUUAUCGUCGGUCCUCCAUUAUUUAUCGUCGAUCCCCUUUUUUUAAUUUAUCUCAAAACAUAGCUGGAUACAAAUUAACUGAGUUUUACGAGCACAAGAAUUCUUUGAAAUUUCCGCUAUCAUAUCUAUAAAUCGUAAGGAUAAUAAUAAACAAUUUGCUCAUUCCGAAAAUUAUCAUGCGAAUUAAAAAAGAAAGAAUUAGAUGUCGUAUAUGCAAUUUGUAUCGCAUUCGUGACAGAACGAUUAACUUCAAGUAUUUUAAGACUAAACUCAUAAGAAUACGAUUUUCUCAUUGUACAAAAAUAAUGUCUCUUGCGUCACAGCGAAAAAUCGAAGUACUUAAAAUAUACUACAAUCUGUGCGAUCAUUGAAAACGAACUCACAGUUGAAUGGGAGCUAUUACAAUGAAAUGGAAGUUAAUCGUCCGAUUAUACAUAAAAAAAAAUCCUGUUCUUAAAAUAGAAAAAUGACAGACAUUAUUAUUCUGCUUUACAUGUCUUCGUGUCUUAGCUUGUAUCCAGAUACGUACAAAAUGUGAACUUUCUCUCUCUCUCUCUCUCUCUCUCUCUCGCUCUCCCCGUCCCUCACUCCUCGCAAGAUAUUUGGUGGCAUCUAUCUAGAUGCCAUUGAGCGUGGCGAGAGCAUUUUCGUGCAAUUGUAUAACAUGAAAUCGAUACCAUCCGCAGCUUCCGGGAACUGUAGAGUGAAGCGGAAGAUAGAUAGAAAGAGAGAGAGAGACAGGAGAGAGAUUGAAAAGGAGGGAGCGACGAGAGGAGGGAUAAGGGUGGGAUGAGGAGGAGCAAUGCGUCUCAUUGCAUGCAAACGACUGUGAGAGAAUGUAAUGCUACGUAAAACGAUGAAGUAUUAUAUAUCGACUCGUUCCAUGGUCAAUAUGAGAGAAGCGGGACUCAAUAUUUAAGAGCAUAUAUCUCGUCCCCUCUACCCCACUCCACCUCCCCGUUAAAAGCGCAAUUUAAAAGACUCAUGCGGUUCGAAUGCAAUUCCCAAGAAAUUCAUGUUUCCAUGGAUGGAGCUGUAUAUUUGUAGGUAGGUCUAUCUCUCAAGGAAAGCGGGGCUGUUGACAAGGUUCGCGGCAACGGAAAUAGAAAUAUUUUUUUAUUAAGUAUAUAUUUGUAUAUAUAACUAUUGAUUCACACACUGAAUCUCUCUCUCAUAAACAGAAAAUGGUCAAAACAAAAAAUAUAUUUAUUUUUUAAAAAGAUUUUAUGGAAUUGCGUUAGAAGAGAUAUAGAUGAUAAAAAGAAAGAGAAAAAAAACAAUUUCUCUCCUCGUAUUGCGAUAAAAUGUUGUUGAGAAACUUAGUUUCGACGAUUGUUAAAUUUUUCCCGAAGCUACGUUUCCCUGCCGGUGAAAUUGUGCAAUAUAUUUUCGUGAAUAUUUCCCCGUAUAAUUUUCACGGGAUAUUGAAUUUUGAUUUUGUAGCAGCGAUCGCUUCUCUUUCCUCCUUCCCCCCCCCCCCCCUUUUUUUUAACUAUCUCGUUGCUCUUAUAUCUGCGUUCUCGCAUAUUUUCUUCGUGCUCCGAACACGCUAAAUCUCGGCUGUCUCCGUCAAAUACUUCCGUCAAAUAAUUCUCAAUCAUUCUUUCGUUCCUUCCCCAGCCUUCCCUUCCUCCUUUCUCACAUUAUUGUAAAAAAAUUCCACGAAUAAUUGUAAUUAAACGUGAUUAUCGUUGUUGAAAGAAAUAUUUCAUGUACAUAUGUAUAUAACUUAUUAUACAUAAUUGCUGUAUGUAUGUAAAAUCUAACGUUCUCUUGCCAUUUUCCGCCCCCUCCCCUCUCUGCUCCCGCCCCAUUCUUUUCUUUUCUUCAUUUCGCAUUAUUAUCCCGUACGUGUAUACAUAUAUUUAGCAAUUGUUAAUGUUAUGUAUAUGUUGCUCUAUUUAUUAACAAGAUGACUAUAUCAAAUGAAUAUAUUGUUAAAGUUAAAUAAUUAUUUUUAUUAUAUUGUAACGACUAUUCUGGCGUGCAAUGCGUUGCAACAGUGACAGAAAUGACAUGGUAUACCCAAGCUUAUACGAAUUAUAAACGUAAAGUCGCAUAUGCAUAUGUACACGCACACAUACACACACACACACACACACACACACACACACACACACACGCCAUAUGCGAACGCGAUGAUACGCACUACAUAAAUUGUAAACGCAAUGUAAUGCAAGCGCGUCCCCAAGAAAAUACUUUUUUUACAGAUAGUAUUAUCCUAUCGCUAGAUAAAUUAUAUGUAAUUAUUAUACAUAUUGCGCUCUGAGUGCAAUGCACAUAACAAAAGCUCCCAGCUACCUGUAUAUUCGUGUUGUCAUCAUCGCUCCUGCAUAUGCUUCUCUUUGCAAAGCGGGUAACGCGAACAAUCUCUUGCAACAAUUAUUAACAGAAAUACAAUUAACAUUGACUCGAGGCCAAGUUGUUUUGAUUAUUUUCGUAACCCUUUCACAAGUUGUAUACAAACUGUUAGAGAAGGAAUUAAAUGACUGGUGGAUAUGCAUUCCUUGAGCAAUUUGCAGUCGAUUUUUUUCUCUCAGCCGAAAUUUUAUUAUAUAAAUUAUCUAAACUUUAAAUAAAAAUUUUGUUAUUCCAAAGUUCGCUCGAAGUUAUGACCAAAAUUAUAUUUAUGUCCGAAUCCUCUAAAAAAUUUAUUGUUUCUUAAUGCACAUAAUUAUCGACAUAUCAAUAUUUUUACUUAAAAAGAUAGUCGACUUUAUGUUGAUCAAGGAACAUGCCGUCGAGUUUUUAAACACUUAAACCUUUCCUCGACACUCUGUGUAACAAACACGAAAUGUAUACAACAAGCUCACGGGGCAUUAGUCCACGCACGAUCUUAAGCAUUCCGAUAGUAUUAAGGCAAACUAACGUGAAAAUCCUCAAAUU